CUUACCGUCACUCUGUGGCUUCUCUUCCUCAAUCAUCCACCAACACAGGUUCCCAACUCCCCAGAAGCAGCUCGAAUCUCACUGCAUAUGCACAUAUACAUAUAUGUAUGUAUACAUAUUGAUUCAUAGAAUUCAUAGAAUUCCAUCUGCAGAGUCAAUCACAUUCCAUUUGAUUGAUUUCCUGAAUAAAACCUAGCAGAUUCAAUAAUGUCUUCGCUGCAAAUACUGAUGAAUUACGGGGCUCUCAACCACCCGCCAUUCCUGGGAAGCUACUCUUCGGCAGAGAAGUUCGCUUCGUCUUCUUUUUGGGGCAGAGAUUUGAGUUUGAUCAAUGGAGGCUUUGUGGUUGGUUGUGUAGAGAAGUGUGGAUCUAGUCGCAGAAUUUCUAGGGUUUUGGCAAUGUCUUCUUCCUCUGGUUCAACGUUCAAGAUGAAUCUUAAUGAGUAUAUGGUGAUACUCGAGAAACCACUCGGUAUUCGGUUCGCACUCUCGGUCGAUGGCAAAGUCUUCGUUCAUUCGCUCAAAAAAGGGGGUAAUGCUGAGAAAUCAAGGAUAAUUAUGGUGGGUGACACAUUGAAAAAGGCAAGUGAAUCACCUGAUGGAAAGCUUAUUGAGAUCAAGGACUUUGGAGAUACAGAGAUGAUAAGGAAAGGAAAAUCUGGACCUUGUAGCCUUGUACUUGAGAGACCCUUCUCUCCUUUUCCUAUUCAACAACUGCAUAUUACUAGUGAUCUUGAUAUUUUAUAUAAUAGAGGUCGUGUUCCUAUUGCUACUUGGAAUAAAACUAUACUGGCAUCAAACUUGCAAGCUUCUGAGAGCAGCGGAAAUUCUGGGUUUGUCAUGUUUUCCUCAAAGUUUUUAACAACUCAAGGAUGGAAGUUGAAUAAUCAAAAUGGACACAUUCAUCCACAAAUGCAGAAAAGCACAUUUGCUGCACCCUUGAGUCAACUUGUAACCAUUUUCUCCGAGGAAGAGUCAGGAGAUGCUGAAUGGGGACAUGGGAGUUUCUCAUUGGAGGAAUACACUAAGGCACUGGAUCGUUCGAAAGGGGAACUAUACUACAAUCACUCUCUUGGUAUGCGCUACAGUAAGAUUACAGAGCAGAUAUAUGUGGGGUCAUGUAUACAAACAGAAGCUGAUGUAGAGACUUUGUCAAAUGCGGGAGUCACUGCUGUGCUGAAUUUCCAGAGUGGAAUUGAAGCAGAAAAUUGGGGAAUUAAUUCAAAAUCAAUCAAUGAAUCAUGCCAAGGGUUUAACAUCCUUAUGAUUAACUAUCCUAUAAGGGAGGUAGAUUCAUUUGAUAUGAGGAAGAAACUACCAUUUUGUGUGGGCCUUCUUUUACGCCUACUGAAAAAAAACCAUCGUGUUUACAUUACUUGCACCACUGGGUUUAAUCGAUCCCCUGCUUGUGUGAUUGCAUACCUGCACUGGAUGACAGAUACCUCCCUUCAUGUUGCCUACAAUUUUGUCACCGGAUUACAUUCUUGCAGGCCUGACAGACCAGCAAUUGCCUGGGCUACAUGGGAUCUAAUAGCAAUGGUGGAAAAGGGCAAACAUGAAGGACCUGCAACCCAUGCUGUGACUUUUGUGUGGAAUGGGCGUGAAGGGGAGGAUGUAUACUUGGUUGGAGAUUUCACUGGAAACUGGAAAGAACCAAUUAAGGCUGUUCACAAGGGUGGCCCAAGAUAUGAAGCCGAAGUUAGACUUUCGCAAGGGAAGUAUUACUACAAAUACAUUACUAGUGGGCAAUGGAGGCAUUCAACGGCUUCACCAACAGAAAGGGAUGAAAGGGGGAAUGUUAACAAUAUAAUCGUGGUCGGUGACAUUGCCAGCGUGAGGCCUUCUAUUCAACAACAAAAGAAGGAUGCAAAUAUCAUCAAGGUGAUUGAGAGGCCGCUGACAGAAAAUGAGCGCUUUAUGCUGGCAAAAGCAGCUCGAUGUAUUGCAUUCUCUGUUUGUCCAAUUAGACUAGCCCCCAAGUAGUUGUGCAUCCUGUACUCAACAAGUCCAUGGUACCCUGGUGUAGACCAUUAUACCCCUGUUGUAGACAUUUCAAGACACUGGUCAUGAGCGAGAGAAUCAAAAACUAUGAUUCUAAAUUUACACGUCACACUUGUGAAGGGAUGGAACCUUCAAGGUUAUUAGUACUUCAUACAACAAUUUCAAAAAGAUGUUGUACCUGCAUGGAUGAAAUUUGGCACAAUUGACAAGGUUACUUCUUCACUUUAUUCAAGGCCUUAUGGGGGAGGACCAGUAUAAGUUCAGUAUCAUCAAAUAGAGUUUUCUAUGGAUCCUGUGGGUUUUUGGUUCUCAGCAUUCUGAGCUGUACCUGUAGGAGCCACGACUGUUUGUCUGUUCUUUUUUUUUUUUUUCGCAAUAUAUAGGGAGAAAUAAAAAUAAGACAACCUACAAUUGUAUUUCAGUUGUAAUGUUCCCACUGUCCUGCACAUACCAAAGGGAUAAACUACUCAUAUAUUCAACAGCAUAUUUCCUUUGAUUUUAUAGCACAUUUCUCUAUAAAUAAACAGCAUGUAUUUACAGUGUUGGUGCAA